AACCCCUUGAAGGACUGAUUUCCCACUGUCCCUGAAAGCAACGACAGGGUCAGAACUAUUGCGACCUCUAGUGGUGAUAAGUAUGGAGCUGUCCUGUGAUUCAGUGAGGUAUACAGAAGAACCAAGACCAACCAGCUGCAAGCUUGUAGAGCUCCAUGUGUUGUAUGUACCAGGUGACCAGUGGAACAUGAAGCUCAAUAAAGCUCCUGCUGAAGCCGCGGAGAGCUUCAUAUCUGCUGGCUUCAUCAGGGUUUACCCAGAUGUCACCCUGAAGACGCUGAGGGGUGAGCUGGGCGCUCUUCUUGGUGCUGAGAGGAGCAUCAACAAAUUUUCCUUCUUGAAAUGUGUUGGCCGCAGUUUGGCUCUGGUUAAAAGCAAACAGGAGAGAGACCUGAAAGUGAAAACAUUUGCCCCACCCUAUGCAGAGCAGCCGGAGCUUUACUUGCUGCCUGUUGUGGAGAGCGACAGCAGUGUCUGCUCUCAGUCCCUCACCCCAGACACCAGCAGCAGCUCCACAGACCACCAUAUCUAUUAUCACCCUCCCAAGAUGUGCAGCCUGCCAACAGCAACAAAGGGGCUUGUUAAAUUCCCCCACAUCCCCCAGUGUUCCCAGCAGCAGCCACCUCCCACCCCACGACUGGAAGAGGAAGAGGAUGAGGAAGAAGAAGAUGAUGACCACAGCUACAGCUCUUCAGAGGGAGAAGGAGGGAAUGAAGAGGACGCUCUGUUGUCCACAAGGAAUGCAGAGCAGAUAUAUUUCCCGUUGAAGCCACAAGCUUUACAGCAGUGUGAAGCUGACCUGGUUCAAAGGAAGGAGAUGUCUGAGAAAGAGGGAACCUGCAGAAAUAGGAAACAGUGCCACAGAGGAAACAGGGUGACCGGACCUUCGGGAGUGGCCGAGUCUCCGGAGGACAGAGAUUCAGGAUUCUCUUUCACAGAUGGAGCUGGGAAAUCGAAAGAGGCGCACACACCAAAGUUCAUCAUAAAGAAACAACCCAAUGGGGCAGCAGAAAUCCCAGCUGGGCUGCCGCGGCCUAUUCGGUGCACUACUCCACCGCCAAGUCUACAUUUGACCAAGGAUAUCUGCCAGUCAGCUGCUUCUCCAGUCUUUCACACAAAGAGAGAGGAGCUCACUGAAGAACUCAAGCAGGCGAGGGAGGAGAGGAAGCAGCUUGAGUGGAUCAGACAGGAGCUGUUAAGAAAGGGGAAAGACUUGUUAGCCCAGAACCGGCACCGCAGGAACCAAGCACGUGAUAGUUGGAAAAAGAAAUACUUUGAAACCAAGAAGGCUACAGCACCACUUGAAGAGAGUUUGAAGAAUCUAAGACAAGAACUGGAGACAUUUUAUAACAAACUUCUGCACCAGCUUCAAGCCAGAGAGGCCAGAGGAAAGCCAAGACGACAAGGGAGAUCCUCUACAAAGAAUGAACUUGUAAUCCAGAUCAUGACAGAGACCUAUGAAAUUGACAACUUGAAGAGGAAGAUAGAAGAUGCCAAGAUGAAGCUGAUAACAGAGAUUAAGUUAAGGAAGCAGGCGGCCACAGAGCUGAGAGCACUGAAGGCUGAGCUGGCCCAGAAGAAGAGUCAGUCAUGUCACGCUGGACUGAAGGGAAAUGCUGCUCGGGACAGACCAACAGCACAAAGCUGCUCCAUCUGAUCCUAAAAUACUGACUCAAACACCAACUCUUCUCUGUAAUAUUUUUUUAUAGUGAGUUGCAGCAAUUUUAUGCUAUUGUACCCACAAAGAUUAAUUAUUUUGUCAUUUUUAUGAACUGGAUUCUUUCUUAAUUAAUCAUUUCAAGCAUACUAUGUUAUGAUGUAAAUCAUUUGCGUUGCUGAUAGUGUUUGUUUGAAGUCACCGCUGUAAUCCUGGAUCCACAUAGUUUCUAUUAAGUGUUUCAUUUUAAGUAAAGUUCAUGACUCCCAACAGAUUAUUCAAGUUUUAUUUAUGACAAACAUAAAAGUGCAUAAAUUCAAAGAUCAGUGCCCCCCCCCCCCAAAAAAAGUACCCUUCAAUUCACAAUAAAAAGAUUGUGUGCUUAAGAAUCA